GUGCUACCUCAUUUUUUUCGACCACUUGUGGCAGAGUGGUGUUGUACCCAACUGUCAUGCCCAAGGCUCUCCAUUUCUUGAUGACAUCAACCUAAGGUGCCCUGGCACGAAGCAAAUCCCACCAAGGGACCCUGGUUGGCGCACAGGUUGCGAGCCGUUCAGAAAUACGGACUGUGGAGGGUGCGGAGCGUUCAUGAGAGAAUGCGACAGCCGUCGAUUGUGCCCAGAGCAGUGCAACAGCGGUGGCAAUCGCUGGACGAGCCCCCGAAGGGACGUCUUGAAGGAUAGCGUCACACGAUGUCAGGAGAAGUUUGGAGACUAUCGAGGGGGAACAUGUGGUUCCCUGAAGGUUGUGCCGUCAACUGGCACUUGCGAGAGGAGGUGUGAGCCUGGAAGGAGGUUUGAGCAGCAUGAUGGGAUCGAGGACGAGCCUUCGCCUGCAUUCAAAUCUCGAUGCUGCAAGAUUGCGCAUUGGAAGCAGUGUGAAAAGGUCACUCGCAAACUGCUCAAGAUACUGAAAUUGAAGGAAAUAAUGCGAAUCGUACCGUGCGUGGAAACGUUACGUGCAAAGGCCACAAAGCAUGCAGAGCUGUUACCCAGAUACAGGGAUGUGAUGAUUCAGCUGUACUCCCUCCUUCGCAUCAACACGCUCGAAGCCGUCGUUCCAACUGUCCGGCGUCUGUUGGCAAACUUUUGUUAAAAAUGUCGAGCGUAAGUAACAGUAAAUAAGCAAGGGAAGA